AUUCAGUUUCACAAUUACAUUUUUGAUUGACGACCUUGGUAUAUCAAGUUCGUCAUCAUCGAAUAAUUUUGACCCGCAACUCUUCACCUAAAAAAGAGUCAGCAACUGAUAAGAGCAAGUCGACAUUUGAGCACCGAACCUGUUUUUUGUUUUGGUGGCAGAUUCACGGCUGAUGAGGUUCUUGAAUGAAAUUACACGUUCCACGGUCGCGCGAGGAAAACGGCCACUUUCGUCCUGCCAUUACGUUGUAUUUCAUAAUGUCAUUUGCAACUGACGUAACCGAGUCGUGCAGUUGCUAGGCAUUAUCAUCUUCGCUUGCCCUUUGCAACCGGCUACGACACAGAGCCACGCCAUCGCGAGACAUUACUUUCACGAAUUCUAUGAAUAUUUGAACGAAAGGUUCUGCGAACGGUGUUAGGGAUCGGCGUUUUUUUAUGGUCCAUGAAUUUCCCAGAAGAUACCUAUCUUUUUAGUCACGAAACGAUGCAACUUUAAAAUUCUCCUUUCGGUUAAGGUUAAUUAGAAGACACCGCACGAAUUUCAGGAUAACCUUAGCUUAAUGGGGCUUGGGAUAAUUGCGUUAGUGGCGGUCGUACUUUGUACGACGGGAACGUUAGCAGCCCCUCAAAGACCUCCCAGUGGUUCUGACAAAGAUGCGGUGAUCACAUCUCAACAGCUCGAAGUCGGCUUCGAUGGCCAUUAUGUCAAUAACUUCGAGACCAGCAACGGAAUAUCUCACGUGGAGUCGGGCGAGCCUAAGAACAUAGACAACGAGACACCAGUGGUCUCGCAGGGCUCCGACUCUUACACGGCACCGGAUGGUCAACAAGUUAGUAUCACGUAUGUGGCUGACGAAAAUGGCUUCCAAGUACAAGGCUCUCACAUCCCCACGGCACCACCGAUACCGCCAGAGAUCCAAAGGGCGCUCGAAUGGAACGCGGCUCACCCUGAGGAAGACGAUGGUGGUCAACCACGACCACCUGGCCGAGGUUAAUCAGUCUAACUAUACCUCAAACGUGACCUGAUUCCGAGCCAGCUUGCCAUGGAUAGAAACGACCUUGAGCCUCCGAUGCGGAUUAUAAAAAUAAAUAUAGUGUGGUAUAUUAAUCUAGGAUUACAUUACGCAUAACAGAAAAACAAAAAUAAGGCGCGAGCCAGCCGGGUAUAUAUAUAAUAACUGUAUACUUCGAGAUAUUUGUUUGUCUUUUCACUACCUUGUAUAGAAAGAAAGUAACGCGCACUGUUUUAAGAAACAAAAAAAAAACGAAGAAACAGUUUACGACAGGAUCGUGCCCGAUGCGCAAACGCUGCUUUCACACAGAUACAACAAAAAUACGUAAAACGCGAAAAAACGACGCCAUCGCAGCUACGAGAACGCGUAUCGAGCGUCGAUUAGUAUGUAUAUGUAUACUUUAACUUGUGAUUUUUGUAUAUAAAUAAAAGCGUUCUGCCCGAAAAUAUUA